AUGGUUAAGAAGCGGGCGUCCAAUGGACGUAACAAGAAGGGCCGUGGCCACGUCAAGCCAAUUCGUUGCUCCAACUGCUCUAGAUGUACCCCCAAGGACAAGGCCAUCAAGAGAUUCACCAUCCGUAACAUGGUUGAAUCUGCCGCCGUCAGCGAUAUCUCUGACGCCUCCGUUUUCACCAAAUAUGCCGUCCCUAAGAUGUACCUGAAGCUCCAAUACUGCGUCUCUUGCGCUAUCCACGGAAAGAUCGUCCGACCCCAAUUGAAGAAGGAAAAGAAAGCAACUGACGAACCAUUUUUUAAUAACCACAGUGUUCGAUCCCGAGAAGGUCGCCGCAACCGUGCCCCACCACCAAGACUCAGAUUCAACAAGGACGUCAAGAAGUUGAACCCCCAGCAGGCUGCUGCUAACGCCAAGUCCGCCCAAGCUGCUGCCGCUAAGGCAUAG